AAAGAAAGAAAAAGACAGCAAUCGAGGGAGAGAGGCGAAGGGGACGAAACUGGGCGGAGCAAAACCAACAGGAAAACUACAAUCUGCGUCGUCAGAAUUCGUCAGGUUUUGUUGCGCCCGCCGAAAGACAGCCGCGCCUCGAACGAUACGACGCGACACGACGACCUUCGCUUCCUCCGCCACCGAAUCCACCACAAAAACCACCAUUUCUUGGGUUUUUGCCUAUUCACCGGAGGACGGCGCCGGCCGGCCAAGAAGAACAAGAACAACUGAACAAGGGAGAAAGGAGGGAUUUUUGUGGGCGAGAAGGCAGCGGUUUUGGGAUUUUUCCUGCUCCCUCGGUUCUGCGUGGGCCGGCGGCUCCGGCUUUCGUGAGGCUCUGUGUGGUGGUGUUCUGCCGGAGCGGAGAUGUCGUCGGUGAUGGUGGAGCGGGCGACGAGCGACAUGCUCAUCGGCCCCGACUGGGCGAUGAACCUGGAGAUCUGCGACGUCCUCAAUCGCGACCCUGGGCAAACAAAAGAUGUGGUGAAGUCGCUCAAGAAACGCAUUAUACACAAGAACCCAAAGGUCCAGCUUCUUGCUCUCACGUUGCUGGAGACGAUGAUAAAAAAUUGUGGGGACAUUGUCCAUAUGCAUGUUGCUGAGAGAGACAUACUUCAUGAAAUGGUCAAGAUAGUUAAGAAAAGGCAUGACUAUCAUGUAAAAGAGAGGAUACUCACGCUGAUCGACACUUGGCAAGAAGUUUUUGGUGGAGAACAUGCAAGAUAUCCACAAUACUUUGCAGCAUACCAGGAGCUCUUGCGUCUUGGAGCUGUAUUUCCUCAAAGAUCAAAUGGUUCUAUGCCAAUCGUCACUCCACAGACUCAUCCUCUACAAAACUAUCCCCCUCCUUUACGCAUUUCUCAGCAGGAUGAACCUGAGCUGUCCAUUCCGGAUUUCCCCGCAUUAAGCCUUACAGAAAUUCAGAAUGCACGUGGCAUCAUGGAUAUUCUUUCAGAGAUGUUGGAUGCUUUGGAUCCAGGUAACCGAGAGGGGCUUAGGCAGGAUGUCAUUGUUGACCUUGUGGAUCAAUGCCGUUCCUACAAGCAAAGAGCAGUACAGCUUGUCAACAGUACCUCGAAUGAGGAGUUGCUCAGCCAGGGUCUUUCUUUGAAUGAUGAUUUGCAGCAUGUCCUUGCAAAACAUGAUGCUAUUGCUGCAGGUAUAGCAAUUCGGGUAGAAAAGCCAAAAUCUCUGCAGUCACAAAUUGAGAGUUCUGCAACAAGAAAGACAGAUACUGCAAAAGAACCAGUUCAAAGGUCUUCAGCAAGUACAAGUGCCACCAACCAGUCUCCCUUUGAGAUUUUAGCACUUCCUGCACCUCCAUCAUCCAGUAGCUCAAAAGCUCAUGUGGCACCAGCUCCUAAGAUCGACCUCCUUAGUGGAGAUGAUUAUAUCAAACCAGAACCUGCAAACUCCCUGGCGCUUGUUCCUGUCACUGAAUAUUCAGCUUCAGAUCAGAACGUCUUAGCCUUUGCAGAUAUGUUUGAACAAAAUACUGCCAAAAAGAGCAACAAUAACCUUCCAAACUCUUUUAAUUCCUCGAGCUCAAAUUCUAUUUCAUCACAAACAUAUACUCCUCCAGUAAGACCUGCUGUGUCUCAGCAUCCAUCUGCUUAUCCAAAUGACGCCACAUCCAAUGCCAUUGUACCUUAUGAUCAACAGACCCAACUGAACACUACAGGUUCAUCGAAUGGGCAGCCAGCUUAUGGAACAAAUCCCGAAAAGCAAGCCCUAUAUUAUGGUUCAGAUAAUCGAAAUGGAUAUAUGCCACCAGCGCCAUGGGAAAUUAAACGAUCGACUAACCCAUUCGACGACGACAGACCAGUUGGGACAGCAUUACAACCAGAAAGCAUGCAACCUCAACCGCUGCAAGUCAGUCAGCAAGGUAAUGGAUUCAUGCCAGCACAACCAAUGCCAAGGGGACAACCAGGAGGACUGCAAUUGCAACCGGUUGCUGGCACACAGCUGGGGCCUCCACAGCCACAGCCUAUGCAGUUGAACAUGCAGUACGGUGUAAUGUACCCUUCGAUGCAAAUGAACCAAGGAAUGGUCAUGUAUCCCCAGCAGGCAUUUGGAGGAGGAUAUUAUGGGAUGAACCAACAACAGCUGUAUGGUGUUCAGAUAUCUGGUAAUGGAUAUGGCCAACCAUCUGGGGGCUACUAUAUUCCAAACGCUGCAUAUGCAUAUGCUAGCGCAAAUGAGCUUUCCCAGAGGAUGAACAGCCUUUCAGUUCAAAAUGGUGGUUCAAAUGGAACGACAGUAAAUAAGCAGAGCAGACCAGAAGAUUCACUUUUUGGUGAUCUUUUGAGCAUUGCCAAAAUGAAGCAGAGGAAACCUGCAGCUGGUAAGGUUGGCGGCUAAUAAGGUCAAGUGAGUGGAUACAUAGCCUCACCUUAUUUGAAAGCUGCAGAAGCAUUUCCUUAUAGUACAUAAUUCUUUUGCCACUUUUUGAGUUCAGUAGUAAUACUAAUAUAUGCUGUCAUAAUUCCCCUCUGCACAAAUACCAUGCAGAAACAGAGAAUGCCUUGGUGUCCCACACGGUCCCUAGCCAUACACCCCUGUUCCUUUUCCUCCUUUUUUUUUAUCUCAAGAUUUCUUAUUCGUAGCA